UGGCGGCCGCGACGCUGCCCGGCUCAGUGGCGUCGGGAACCGCAGAGCACCUGUGGGUUCGCGGAAGUCCUGCCGUACUCUAGCCCGGCCAAGCUCCGCGGGACCCAGCCCGACCCGACUUCUGCCCGGCCCGCCAUGGGCCCUCCGUUCCGUAGCGUCUCCGCGCUCCUGCUGCUGCUACAGGUCAUAUCAGGGCUCUGCCAGGAGCCCGAGCCCUGCCGUCCUGGCUUUGGCGCCGACAGCUACACGUUCACCGUGCCCCGUCGACAUUUGGAGAGAGGCCGAGUCCUGGGCAGAGUGAGUUUUGAAGGAUGCACCGGUCAACCAAGGACAGCCUAUUUUUCUGAUGACAAGCGAAUCAAAGUGGGCAGCGAUGGUGUGGUUAGCGUCAGACGGCCUCUACAGCUUCAUAAACCAGAGAUGAGUUUUCUCGUCCACGCCUGGGACUCCAGCCGCAGGAAGCUGUCCACCAAAGUUACGCUGAAGGCAGCAGUGCACCAUCACCGCCACCAUCACGACACUCUCUCCGAAACCCAGACAGAAGUGCUCACAUUUCGCAACUCCCAGCAUGGUCUUAGAAGACAGAAGAGAGACUGGGUUAUCCCUCCUAUCAGCUGCCCAGAAAAUGAGAAAGGCCCAUUUCCUAAAAAUCUGGUUCAGAUCAAAUCUAACAGGGACAAAGAAAUCAAGGUUUUCUACAGCAUCACUGGCCAAGGGGCUGACACACCUCCUGUUGGUGUGUUUAUUAUUGAAAGAGAAACAGGAUGGCUGAAGGUGACGGAGCCUCUGGAUAGAGAACAAAUUGCCAAGUACAUUCUGUACUCUCAUGCUGUGUCUUCAAAUGGGCAUGCAGUCGAAGACCCAAUGGAGAUUGUGAUUACGGUGACAGAUCAGAAUGACAACAAGCCCGAGUUCACCCAGCAGGUCUUUGAAGGUUCUGUCAUGGAAAGUGCUCUUCCAGGAACUUCUGUGAUGCAGGUCACGGCCACAGAUGCAGAUGACGACGAGAAUACCUACAAUGCCGCCAUCGCAUACACCAUCCUCUCCCAAGAGCCCCCGCUGCCUCAGAGCACAAUGUUCACCAUCAAUAGGGACACAGGAGUCAUCAGUGUGGUCACCACCGGGCUGGACCGGGAGAGUGUCCCCAUGUACACACUGGUGGUUCAGGCUGCUGACCUGCAAGGCGAAGGUUUAAGUACAACCGCAACAGCCGUGAUCACGGUCACUGACAUCAAUGAUAACCCUCCCAUCUUUGAACCAACCACGUACCAGGGGCAGGUGCCUGAGAACGAAGCUAAUGUCGAAAUCACCGUACUCAAAGUGACUGACGCCGAUGUCCCAAAUACCCCAGCGUGGCAGGCCGUGUACACCAUAUUGAACAAUAAGGAUGACCAAUUUGUUGUCACCACAGACCCAGUAACCAACGAUGGCAUUUUGAAAACAGCUAAGGGCUUGGAUUUUGAGACCAAGCGACAAUACAUUCUGUAUGUGGCCGUGGAGAAUGUGUCCCCGUUUGAGGUUAUUCUCUCCACCUCUACAGCCACAGUCACCGUGGACGUGGAGGAUGUGAACGAAGCCCCCAUCUUUGUGCCUCUCCAAAAGGAAGUGCACAUACCUGAAGACUUUGGUGUGGGCCUGGAAAUCACAUCCUACACUGCUGAGGAUCCGGACCAGUUUAUGGAACAGAGGAUAACGUAUCGGAUUUGGAGGGAUGCGGCCAACUGGCUGAGGAUUGAUCCAGACACUGGUGCCAUUUUCACUCGGGCUGAAUUAGACAGAGAGGACUUUGAGCAUGUGAAGAACAGCACGUACACGGCCCUCAUUAUCGCCACCGACAAUGGUUCUCCACUUGCUACUGGAACGGGAACCCUUCUCCUGAUCCUCUCUGAUGUGAAUGACAAUGGCCCCGUGCCAGAACCUCGAAGUAUGGAUUUCUGCCAGAAAAAUCCACAGCCUCAUAUCAUCAACAUCUUUGAUCCAGAUCUUCCCCCCAACACGUCUCCCUUCACGGCAGAACUAACGCACGGGGCAAGUGCCAACUGGACCAUUGACUAUAGUGACCAAGCCCGUGAAUCUCUAAUUUUGAAGCCAAAGAAAACCUUAGAGUUGGGCGACUACAAGAUAAAUCUCAAACUCGUGGAUAACCAGAACAAGGACCAGGUGACCACCCUAGAUGUGUACGUUUGUGACUGCGAAGGGGUCGUCAACAACUGCAAGAGGACCAUGCCUUACGCUGAAGCGGGGUUGCAAGUUCCUGCCAUUCUGGGCAUUCUCGGAGGAAUCCUCGCCUUACUAAUCCUGAUUCUGCUGCUUUUGCUGUUUGUUCGGAGGAGAGGGGUGGUCAAAGAGCCCUUACUACCCCCAGAAGAUGACACCAGGGACAAUGUUUAUUACUAUGAUGAAGAAGGAGGUGGAGAAGAGGAUCAGGACUUUGACUUGAGCCAGUUGCACAGGGGCCUGGAUGCUCGGCCUGAAGUGACUCGCAAUGAUGUGGCACCAACCCUCCUGAGCAUGCCCCAGUACCGGCCCCGCCCUGCCAAUCCUGAUGAAAUUGGAAACUUUAUUGAUGAAAACCUGAAGGCAGCAGACAGUGACCCCACUGCUCCUCCUUACGACUCUCUGCUUGUGUUUGACUAUGAAGGAAGCGGUUCUGAAGCUGCUAGUCUGAGCUCCUUAAACUCCUCGGAAUCAGACCGAGAUCAGGACUAUGACUACCUGAAUGAAUGGGGCAAUCGCUUCAAGAAGCUGGCAGACAUGUACGGAGGUGGUGAGGAUGACUAGGGGACUCGAGACAAAUGGGGAAGGAGAUGGGCCCCUACAUCGUGUGAUAGAAAAUGCUGGGCUCAUGGUUUCUCAGCUCCCUUCACUUGAGAUGACUUUCUGGAGAAGAGAGUCUGCUCAGUGAUGGCAGUUAGGUAGGAUAGUUGGGAUUUCCACUUUAUAGAUCUAAUCUGUGUGUGUUCGAAUGAUUUCGCCCUAAUUUUUGAAUCUUUUUUUCUUUCCUCACUCUUUAAGUGGUGAUGCUGUCCCAAAGACCCCCAUAUGUUAAUACUUCAGAACAAUAGCUUCAGCCUCAAAAGGUUCUGCUAGCAACUUGCAGAUUUCCUUAAGGGUUUUCGUCUCAUUUUUUAAGGGAAGGGAGGGGUCAACUGCCCUAUUAUUUUGUGCAUGUAUGUAUGUAUGUGUGUGUGUGUGUGUGUGUGUGUGUGUAAUUAUUUUUAAUUUGUGUACUUUUUUCCUCCUAUCACUGCACAGUGCCCCUUGUUCUACUAUCCACUGUUACUCCUGAACCUACAUUGCCCCAGACAGGGGUUCUCUGAUGCAGAAAUUUGGGGGCCCUUUCAGGAUAAGUGUGGUCUUAGUCUGGCCAUAGUGUGACUGGGUAUUAUUUACUCUUAAGACCUUUAAUCUUCUGAGUAUAUAACUUGAAUAGGUAUCCAUCCACUUACUUGUUGUGCAUAAGAAUGUUUGUUAUGUGUAUGUCAUUACUGGGGUGAUCUGGUUCUAAACAGGAAGCCUUGACCAGAAAGGGUGGUGAGUUUUCAGGUGCCACUCCACAUCUAAUGUUCAUCUAACACUCAAACAAGAGAGUGAUCUGUUCCAACACUUACGGUAGUGCCUCAAGUGCUGCAGCCAAAGACAAAAGGUGUUUGUCCCAGCGGAGAGCAACAUGAAAAAUGGGUUUGAAGGUGGCAGGAGACAAGUUGUUGAGCCUGGCAAUUUAGGAAACUGAGGCUGAGGAUGGUUGAGGUGGCUCUGCCUCUAGUCCUGAAAAAGAAUGGAAGAAUCUUAACAUGUGACUCCAAUCAGGAUCCUGCUACCAGAGUUUCUUCCUGACAGCCCAGAACCCCCCAAGUGCCUGCUGUUGUUGAUGUCCACAGGAUAUGCUGGCUGAUCUGGAAACAUCUGCCCCAAAUUCCAAGCAUGCAUAGAAAACAAUAUCAGGAAAUCCAAUUUAUUUUCCUUAGGAGCAGGAAGAAAAUAUGGCCCUAAAAUGUGUCAGUAAGGGGAGUGUGGGGAGAACUCUGAUUUGGAUCUUCUUUUAGUUGAAAUGUGAACUUCAAGAACCUUUUGACAACCAUGGAAAAUAAUCUUAUCUAAGUUGCUUUACUGUCUGUCAGGUGUUUUUUGAAGAAAAAGAAAAUCAUCCCUGCAAUCACAUCUUGGAAUUGUCUUGAUUUUUCAACAAUUUAAACUCGAAUGUAGUCCUGUAUAGAGAAUGUCACUAUAGUUUUGAGUAUAUAUGUGUGUGGGUGUUGAUAAUUUUGUAUUUUCUUUGGGAGUGGAAAAGGAAAACAAUUCAAGCGGAGAGAAUUCUUAAAUAUUCAUUUUUAUAAAUUUUAUUAAAGAAUUUUGUUAAA